AUGAGCUCGACUAUAUACUUUCGUUCAUCUCAGCAGGUCCGACCCACAAGUAGUCGACCGAGUGACACAAGCAGUCACUACUUCAACUACACAUCUGGUCGUUGGCUUAUCAAUGAAGCGCGGCAACUCGAAAAGCGUCAUAUCAAGUUCGACGUUUCAGCGCUACAGCGCAUCUCCGGUCAAUUGAUUGGAAGUCAAUGUGUUCGAAUGAACAAAAUACCCGAGGGACUCUUCAACAAGGUGUUUUCCUUACAAAUGGAGAAUGGCAAGGAGAUUUUGGUGAGAAUUCCGAAUCCGAAUGCUGGCCAUCCACAUUAUAUUGUGGCCAGUGAAGUCGCAACACUUGACUUUCUUCGGACCGUUCUCGAAAUACCGGUCCCCCGUGUUCUCUCGUGGAGCUCUUCGUCGCAACCUAACCCAGUUGGUGCUGAAUAUAUUGUGAUGGAGAGGGUGGAAGGGCGGCAACUGAGCGAGGUCUGGGACGAUAUGUCGGAAGCUCAACGCUUUGGGCUUGUGAAGAGCAUAGUGGCUAUUGAACGGAAACUGGUGAAAGCAAAAUUCGCGUUACAUGGCAGCUUGUACUACAGAGAUACAUUUCCGAAAGGAAGAAGAGUUGCCGCCGUCGAAAGAGCAGACCAAGAAGGUCAAUCUAGAUUUGUCCUUGGGCCAACAACUCAACGGUCCUUUUGGGAUGACGAAAAAGGAGCCCUGGAUAUUGAUAGGGGUCCUUGGGAAACUGUCGAGGAGUACCUCUCAGCUGUCACAAACCGUGAAAUAGCACUGAUCCGAAAUACGCGUAGCAGGUCCAGCAAUGACACUGUACCUUUCGGCAAAACGCUACAAAGGCGUGAUGUUCAUAUACAGCUCCUUGAGCAAUUCCUAACGGUGCUUCCUCACAUCCUACCACCAGAAGAAGUUCUUUCUCCAGUGCUAUUGCACCCUGAUCUUCAUUCGAACAAUAUUUUUGUUGAUUCCUCCGACCCUUCUAAAAUAUCUAGCAUAAUCGACUGGCAAGCAGUCCACACUGCCCCAUUAUUCAUGCAGGCAAAAUUUCCUUCAAUCUUCAACUGCGAUGAUAUAUACCCAUGGGGUGCUGUCCAACCUAAACUACCCGAGGAUUUCGAUACUCUCUCGCAGGUCGAGAAAGGGCAAGCCGAAGACAAGCUUAGCAGACUCAGGUUGAAGAAGUUCUACGAGCUGGCUUCACGGAAAUUCAACCCGGGUCUUAUCCAUGCCAUGGACAAGAUGAGGAACGAUAAUGAUCCUACCACUUUCAUAUUUGACAUCGUCGGUCGAACUUCUGAAGACGGUCCAAUCCCAUUAAAGGAACUCCUGAUACAGGUGUUUGAGAAAUGGGACCGAAUUAUGGAACGACGAGGUUCAACACAGCCGUGUCCCAUUUGGUUUUCAAGAAAGGAUAUCGAUGAAAGUCGGCAGAAGGCCGAAUCUUGGGCCGCCGCAUUUGGUGACUUUGAGAGAUUGCGCGCAGAAGUUAUUGGUGAAGAUGGCUGGGUCUCCCAUGAGGACUACAAGGAAGCCCUGAGCAGGUGGGAGAAGAACAAGACCACUUUGGAGAGUUUGCGAGAAGGUUUAGAGUCUCUCAUGUGA